AUGCCAAAUAUUGACCAACUAGAAAAAAAACCUACUCGCAGUCCGCUCCUCUCUGCUCGGCGGGAAGAAAUCCUCUACCGGGAAGACAUUAAAACCUCCUUUGGUUAUGCCAUCGCUGGAAUUACCAUCUCCCUCGCCAUUGCCGGAGGAGUCUAUGUGAUUGAAAGAUUAUCGGAAACUCCCACUGAAAAAACUGCCGAACUAAAUCAUCAUGGUGAAUCAAUUGACACUACCUCAACUAACUAA